AAAGGUAGGUGAGAUGGCCCAUAUGCAGCCGUACCUGAUUAUUUUCCCCCAAAAGGUCGCUUUCAAAAUUAUAAAUUUUCACUCACGCAACACAAGCCGGUCAAAGACUCAAACCUCACCAUUUCAAACAUUUCUGCUCUCUCUCUAUACAUUUUUUUUCCCUCAGUUUUUUCUUCUCUUACUCUUCUCUCCAUUUCUUCAGCUUUUGUUUUUCUUUCUCUUCAAUGGAGAGACCAGAGUCAGAGGGCUUCGGAGGAAGAAGACGGAGACCGGUGAAGAACGAAGUCCCUGUCAGGGCGCAGCGUCCGCUCCGGCGCACGUUAUCCUUGCCUCCAGCGGCGAAGCCUCCUCCUCCAGAGGUGAAGCUCGCGGCUGUGGCCGUUGAUUUGAACGUGCGGCUGAGAUCCGCCGACAUGUCCGCUGCAAUGCAAGAGCGUGCGUUCCGAUACGCUAGAUCCCUCCUCGAUGCCCACUCCGAUAACGUGCCUACUCCCACGCACCUAGCUAUGCGUCUCAAGAAGGAAUUUGAUGCAUUGUAUGGCCCAGCAUGGCAUUGCAUAGUUGGGAAGAGUUUUGGGUCAUUUGUGACUCACUCAUCCGGUGGAUUUGUGUAUUUCUCCAUUGACAAGCUCUCUUUCCUCCUCUUCAAGACCGAGGUUCGACCCAUCAUCAAGUCUCCUUCAUAGCUGAAAUUCAAUAAUACUGCAUGCCAUAUCUUGUAAACUGGACUUUUUCAUUGUUGAAUUUUGCGUGGAGAAUGGAAUCUUUUCUCAUAUAUGGUUAAGUCUUGAGCUUUUUGGUGUUCACAUAAUUUGUUUCCAGAACUAGAAAUGAAAUCAUCCUUCAUCUAU